AUGGCUGCAAACGCCGCUACCCUCGCCUGGCGCACUGCAGGCGCCAGAGCACGCGCAGUGUCCUCCCUCCGCUACUGCCAGCGGCCAUCCGUCUUCCCGAAGCGCAAUGGCCUCGUCCCGUCGACAGCGCUACGACAUGCCUCGGACAAAGCGUCCGAGACGGCGGAGGUCGUGAAGGAGGUACCGAAGAAGGCGGGCCGAGGUUUCAAGCGCACCGUGGUGGGCACGUCGCUGGCAUUGGCUGCGCUGGUGGGAUACGUCUACGCCACCGACACGCGGGCCAGCGUCCACCGGUACGGCGUGGUGCCGUUGAUCCGGCUUCUCUAUCCCGACGCCGAAGACGCCCACCACAUCUUCGGAUACACCAUCUCCAACCCGAUCGGCAUCUCGGCCGGCCUGGACAAACACGCCGAGAUCCCCGACCCGCUGUUCGCGCUGGGCCCGGCGAUCGUCGAGGUCGGCGGCACGACGCCGCUGCCGCAGGAGGGCAACCCGCGGCCGCGGGUGUUCCGGCUGCCGUCGCAGCGGGCGAUGAUCAACCGGUACGGGCUCAACAGCAAGGGGGCGGACCACAUGGCGGCGCUGCUGGACGCGCGGGUGCGGGCGUGGGCAUACGCGCACGGGUUCGGCGACCACGAGGCGGCCAAGACGGCCGUGCUGAACGGCGCGGCGGGCGUGCCGCCAGGCAGUCUGCAGGCGGGCAAGCUGCUGGCGGUGCAGGUGGCCAAGAACAAGGCGACGCCGGACGGCGACCUGGAGGCGAUCAAGCGCGACUACGUCUACUGCGUCGACCGCGUGGCGCCGUACGCCGACAUUGUCGUUGUGAACGUGUCGAGCCCCAACACGCCGGGCCUGCGCGACCUGCAGGCGACCGCGCCGCUGACGGCCAUCCUGCGCGCGGUGGUGGGCGCGGCCAAGAGCGUCGACCGCGCCACCAAGCCCGUCGUCAUGGUCAAGACGGGCGGCUACUCGGGCCCGCAGCUGUUUGACCGCACGGUCGCGCUGGUGGCUCGCUACCGCGCGCUGCUGGACCAGGGGCCCCCGUCGGAGGGAGCCGGAGCGGCGACGGGGGCGCAGGGGGCUGAAGCGGGCUCGGCUAAGGUUCCUUCUGGGGAAGCGGCGGCUCGCAAGGUGCUGUUCGCGUCCGGGGGGAUCACCAAUGGACAGCAGGCCCGUGCCGUGCUGGACGCGGGGGCGUCGGUGGCGAUGAUGUACACGGGGGUGGUGUAUGGGGGUGUUGGGACGGUGACGCGGGUGAAGCAGGAGAUGCGGGGAGAGCGUCUCCUCGACCUCGCGCACGACCUUGCGCACGCCCUCCACUUCAUGGGCGAAGCGGCCCAAGAACAUGCCGUCGACAGCCUUCCCCAGGCCGCCGGCGCCCCACAGUCCGGGGCCGGCGCUACCGCCAUAGAGGAUGCGCACCUCGCCGGGACGGUUAUGCUCGGCGACGACGGCGCGGAUGCCCUGGACGACGGCGGCGAUGUGGUCGACGCCAGCGGGACGCGGCUGGCCAAUGGCCCAGACAGGCUCGUAGGCGAAGAUGACGGGCGCGUGCGGGGGGAUGGCCUCGAGCACGGGACGCACCUGGACGGCGCACUCAUCGACGGCGCGACCGACGGCCUCAGAGGCGAUGGCGCCGGGGGCGGUGAUCUCGCCAAUGCACACGAGGGGCACCAUAUUGUGGUCGCAGGCGGCGGCGGCCUUCUUCGCGGUGGAGGCGUCGGUCUCGGCGAAGAGGGCGCGGCGCUCGGCGUGGCCGAGCUCGACGAUGGAGACGCCCAUGUCGCGCAGGGCCAGCGGCGAGACCUCGCCGGUGUAGGCGCCCAGCGGCUCCCAGAAGCAGUCCUGGGCGCCGAGGAGGAAGGGCGGCGGGGAGGCGUCUUCCGGAGCGAGGGAGGCCUCGUAGCGGGCGAGGAUCUCGUGGCAGGGGUAGAUGGUCAGAAAGUCCGGGAUGAGGGCGAGGAGGAGCUUGGAGCGAUUGGCGGGCCGGACGAUGUCGUUCUGGGGGUCGAGGAGGGCCCGCAGGUAGUCCAGGGUGCGGGCGGGGGGAAAGUACAUCUUCAGCGAGAUGAUGAGGAGAUUGCUGGGGAGGGCUGGGAAGGCCAUUGUUGCUAUUAUUGCGAUUGA